AUGCCCACCAGCACUUCCUCCCCCGUCAAGCGCCCUGGCCUCGGCCGCCGCGCCGUUUCUUCGCAUGCGGUUGUCACGCGGACCAACUCCAAUCUUGAGCUGUCGGAGUCGCAGACCUCCUCCAAGGCCCUUAUUCAUAAAGCCCACCGGCCCCAUGUCGUCGGUGGUGGUCGCAACCAUCACCGUAACCCGUCGAUCGGGAAGAACAUAAAUAAGCUGCAACGAUUCCAGCUAGGUCCCGAAACUACCGGCCGUCAUCACCAACGAAAGAAAUCCGCCCCCGCAACCCCUAUCGCCAGCCCCAAGGAACGCAGUCACGUACGUUGGGACGGGGUUGUAGACGACCAUCCUAAGAAUCAAUCAAUGAAAAGAAAUAACUCCACUCCGGUACUCCGACGAAAUAACUCGGUUCUUGGAAAGAAAGCUCUGGUUACAGAUCGACCGCAGUCGAGCUCCGGGAAAAAGAAGACGGUCGGGUUUGAGUUGGGCGACGAUGACAACGACGAUGCUGAAUGGGAGGACACCACACAAUCGCCUGAAAGCACAAGGCGCAACUCGGUCGCCCCCUCUCACCAAAGUCAAGAAAAUACCCAAGUUUUGGUCGAUCCUCUUACUUUUGUCAAACGCCCAUAUCCACAGGUACCUCGCGCAACGAGUCUGCCAGAUUCAAUCACCAACCGAUACCUCAGAGAGCAGGCAGACGAAGAGGAGGAGCAACAGGACAACGAGGACAGCGAAGAAGACCCUCAGUCAAACGACCAAGGGGACAUCGCCAGCCGCCUCCUAAGCCCCUCCCACUCUGCGAGAGCACCACCCGCCAUGUCAUCUAUAUCUGCUAUGGCUAAGCCGACUGACUCGGCAUCGCGAAAUGCCUCUUCUAUAAAUCUCGCCGCUGAGGGAGUCCGCCGUACAUUCUCUUCUUCUGCAAUGGGGCUGGGCAGUAUACCCAGUGGGAAUCAAGCCGGUGCCACUUCUUCCUCAAUGGAAGGCGGUGUUUCUCGAUUCAUCCCAAGCAACAAAUCCGGCUUUCAUGCGUCAUCACGAACCGACUCAGACCCAAAUACCCCAUCCUCAUUUCUUCCUCACUAUCAUCCGCAGACACCACCUUCGCCCAACCGAGGAUCGGGGAAGUCAGCUGCUUCCCCGGCACCUAACAGAGGUGCUGAUCUGUCGCGGACGCAACAGAAACUCUGGCUCCAACGCACCGCUACGCUGAAUAAUUCGCCCCCCGACUCACAUAGUGUGUCUACGGCAGGACCUCCGUCGACAACUGACCCCAAUUUCAUGGCAGUGGGCCAUACCCGUCCUGGUAGUGGUCAAUACGACCCCAGCAGGGCCUUGAAUGGCUCCAAUCGGGUUGGAGCCUUAGGACAGGACACCGAAGCACGCCACAUUCGAAAGGCGUAUGAAAAGUCCUCUCUUGAAUUAACUGUAGUCAGACGAUUCCAGUCACCGACUGGCGAUAGCUUCAUCCGACUUCGUUCCGUGACUCGGGCAUCCCAAGCCCUCGCCAAUGUUGAUCAUGAGUCGGCUUUAGGCAAACCAGUAAAAUCCGCCCCUUCAUUGCCCCUUCUGCAGCACGGAAGACAACCCAGCCGGCUAGCGUCAAGCUCCGAAUCAAGAUCUCAGUUGCCUGAUCCGAACUCCUCGGCAUCCGAAGACCAGACGAGCCAUGGUGAAUCAUCCAACGAUACCAUACAGGGGGCCAAGUCCACACACCCCUCACAGCGAAUCUUGUCUAGUUCGGAUGAGGCCUCACAUAAUCUCCCUGGCGACCAGGAGGAAGAAUACCCACCUGUCAAUGAGACUGAUAUGAUGAUCCGUCGCAUGUGGGAUAGUCGAGAGGUUGCCACCUCGGGCUAA